AUGGCAAUGGACUUUCGGGGUAUCCAUGAGAUACUUGCUUCUUCAGGCAGCAUGGGAGCAGUGGUGGCGUGGCUGAUCAGCUAUAAGCCAGCCUUGUUUGGGUUCCUGUUCUUUCUGCUGUUGCUUAGCAACUGGCUGGUCAAGUAUGAACCCAAGCCCACCCCCUCAGAGCCCCAGCAGGAUAAGCUCCUUGAGCGGCUUAUGUUCAGUGAAAUGAAGCUGAAGGUCUUAGAAAACCAGAUGUUCAUCGUAUGGAAUAAAAUGAAUCACAACAGGAGAUCAUGCAGGCGACGGACUUUUUCCACGAGGAAGCACAGGGUGAAGAGGCAUGAGUCGAUUUUCUCCACUAUCUCUGAUUACAGCACCAACUACCCCUCCUAA